UCUGUAGAAACGAAAAGUUCGAGACGUUUUGAAAGCGAAGGUAAAUGUAAUACAGCAAUAUUAUCUGCUGCCACAGAUAUAUUCGGUACUUUCUAUCGUAGCUGGCGACGAGGACGUAUUUUCUCCGCCUGCCGUUAACCGUUAAGAUGGCCUGCUUUGACAGCAGCAAAGGGAGUUUGGAGGAGGACAGCUAUGACGGAGCUGUUGGCGGAGAGCUGUCCAGCUGUCAGUUAGCGAUGAUUGAAAAAGAACGGGAGUCCCUUCUCAGCCCUUCAGAGGGUCCUGGCACCUUCAUGAGCAACUCCACAAGUCUUCCAGCUGCUGCCCCCCUCCAGGGCUAUGAUGUGGAGUUUGAUCCACCCCUGGAGAGCAAAUAUGAGUGCCCUAUCUGCCUCAUGGCUUUGAGGAAUGCCAUUCAAACACCCUGUGGUCAUCGCUUCUGCAAGAACUGCAUUGAGAAGUCCAUUCGAGAUACGGGACAGAGGUGCCCUGUCGACAAUGAGAUGUUGUCAGAGGACCAGCUAUUUCCUGAUAACUUUGCCAAACGGGAGAUCUUAUCUCUGACUGUUCGCUGUCCAAACUCUGGGUGUGCUGAUAAAAUGGAGCUAAGACAUUUAGAGAAUCAUUUGGCGCAGUGUCAGUUUGCCACUGAGCCGUGCCCACAGUGCCAGCAGUCUGUGAGAAAGAGCCACCUAGAGGAGCACACAACCACUGACUGUCCCAGGAGACCUGUGUCGUGUCCUGAUUGUGUUGCAAGCUUUGUUUAUGAGGACAGAGAGCUUCAUGAAGAACAGUGCCCCUUUGCCAAUGUAAGGUGUCAGUACUGCGGGAUGGAUCUGAUCAGAGAUCAGAUGGAGUCUCAUUGUGACACGGAUUGUCCCAAAGCACCCAUAGCCUGUAACUUCAGCGCCUUUGGAUGUAAAGAGAGGAUGCAGCGCCACAACCUGGCCCAGCACAUGCAGGAGUUCACACAGAUGCACAUGCGUUACAUGGCUGACUUCCUUCGUGGCCUCACCCUCAAUGGUACGUCACCUAAAGCCCUGUGGUCGCUAGGACCUUCUAUGUCCACUGAGGAUCAAGGAGCUGCAGCAUCAGUAGCAGCCUGUAGUGGUCCAAGAGGAGCAGUAAGCUGCAGCACCAACAGUGCCCAAAGCCAGCCCAGCGAGGAGAUGCAGAGGAUCAGAGACAUGGAUGGACGGUUGGUGAAGCAGGACCACCAGCUGCGUGAGCUCAUCAUCUUAAAAGACACCCAGGCUGGCCAGCUUGCAGAGCUCAGACGUAGAGUGUCAAUGCUAGAGGAGACAGUAAAGGAGCUGGAAGCCCAACAGUGCCAUGGCAUUUUCAUCUGGCGCCUUAAAGGUUUCUCCGCCCACUUGCGUAACCAAGAGGCUGGCCAGGCGGUGGUGGAGCACAGUCCUGGCUUCUACACUGGCCGACCAGGCUACAAGCUAUGCCUGCGCCUACACCUGCAGACCCCCAACGCCCCACGCUGCUCCAACUUCAUCUCACUCUUUGUCCACACCAUGCAAGGGGCUUAUGACGGGCAGCUGACCUGGCCUUUCCAGGGCACCAUCCGCCUUGCCAUCUUGGACCAGGGCCCUGAGGGUCAGCACCACAUUGAGGUGAUGGAAACCAAGCCAGACCUGCAAGCCUUCCAGAAGCCCACCAUUCAGCGCAACCCCAAAGGAUUUGGCUAUGUAACCUUCAUGCACCUGCAUCAGCUGAGUCAGAAAGCCUUUGUUAAAGAUGACACUCUACUUAUUCGCUGUGAGGUGACACCACGUUUUGACAGUAUGCACCGUGAGGGACCGGCAGUGCAGCCGAGAGGCCCUGAGGCCUCGGUGUGAGGGCCUGAAAUCAAACUCCUAUCCACUGGAAAAUAUUUCAAAACUUCAGUGCAGUAAAUGUAAGUGUUUGAAUAUGUGGUCAAUUUAGAGUGAUGGACAACAGGAGGAAACUGUUCAUGUUACCCUUUUAAAAUGUGUACACCAUGGACAUUCUCUAUUUAUUUUUAUGCAAACUUGGAAUAUGUAAUGUGUUUUUUCUUUUGUUUGUGUAUCUAACAGUAUGUUCCCCUGUCAUUAACAGUGAGAUGAAUGUAAUCACCGUUGUGGUACUGAUUAGCAUUUUAAGUUCUAAUGAUGUGUAUGUAGCCAAUAGCCAAUAUUUGACCAUCAUAACAUAACAUGACAAGUUUAAGAUAUACAUAUGCUGCUUAUAUACUGAAUAUUACUGCAGAUGUUUAUGGUUGUUGGAGACAGAAUUCAAUCUUUAGACAUUGUAAACUGACACACCAGAUAGAUUUUUCCACAUACCCAUGGCAUGGGAUAUAUUUCACACUAGGGGUGUGACAAGACGCUUAUCUCACAAGACUAGACAAGAUUUUACACUUUUUUCUUUAAUUUUGGAGAAAAAUAUAUGAGUGGAAUAUAUGUUCUUCAUACGGCUGAAAGUCCUAUUUGCAAAGCAUUCAGGUCUAUUCAGAAACGUUUAAACUCCUCUUGCACUCAAUAGGCUAUCAAUGCUUACACACAAUUUAUCUAACUCUGACUUAAACUUUACAUUUUAAUGCUCUUCAAAUUAGACCUUUCAUUUUAAUAGUCUACCACAUCCUUAGUUUACUACAC